AUGGACAUUGAAAAGCAGAUGAAGGUAGCUGCAUCAGCUUAUCAAGAUGCUCAAACAGAACUUUCCAAUCUGAUUAGUAGUCGUAGAAAACUUGAAUCUCAACUGACUGAAAACUUAUCAGUCAAAGCUGAAUUUGAUCAAUUACCCAAUGAAGUUGUCGAUGAAAAUUCACCUGACGUUAGAAAAGUUUAUAAAUUAGUUGCUAACAUACUUAUUAAACAAGAUACUGCUGAAGCUAAAACUAAUGUGAAUCGUAGAAUUGAAAUGUUAACAACUGAACAGUAUGUCUUUGUAUUUUCUUUUUUUAUACGAACUUGCUUUUGA